GCAGGGGGCUGUGGCGCACGGUCAAACGGUGCAUCGGCGCAGCGCGCAGCAGUGGAACACUUGAGAGUUUACCGGAGUCUAGCUACCUCUUCCUUGUGAGCCGCCAUGAAAUCUAACAGCUUCCUCCUACUUGCUGCCUUUGUAGUUGCCCAGUUUGCCACAGGGCAAUCUCAGGAUUAUUUUCCCUUGACGGACUAUGAGUACGGGGACCCAACAGAUCUGGAGACCUCUCCUCAGCAGCAGAUCCUUCUGGACCCCGCUUCUGUUCCAGGACAAUCUGGGGCAGAUUUUACAACUGAGCCAACCGAACCAGGCCCUCUUGACUGUCGUGAGGAGCAGUACCCCUGCACCAGGCUCUACUCAGUGCACCAGCCAUGUAAACAGUGCCUCAACAGCCUUUGCUUCUACAGUCUCCGCAGGGUGUAUGUGAUAAACAAGGAGAUCUGUGUGAGGACUGUCUGUGCUCACGAGGAGCUGCUCAAAGCUGACCUGUGCAGGGACCAGUUUUCCCGCUGCGGGGUGGCCGCCCUGAGUGGACACUGCGGAUCGAUGGGGGGCAGCUGCGGCAAGAGCUGUGGGGGCUGCUGAACCUCAUCAGUGUGUGAAUGCCCAGGUCUGCAGCGGGAGCGAGAGAAUGAGAGGAGAAAAAGAGAAGAGAAAAAGAGAGAGACCAGCCCAUAAAACUGCCAAAUCUCCCGGAUUCCUUCCUCCACCGUUACCAUGGACACCACCCUCUUAUACUCCAAACUUCCACUUUAUUCCCAAACCACUUCUUCAAUCCUCUCCUGUUCCUAUCCCACUACACACUCUAAGUACGUAUAUAUAAUAUGCAAGCACCUAUAUUGUAUGUGUGUGAAAUGGACUUUUCUGAAACCACAAGUAUGAACCAAUCUUCAUUUAUAUAAUAAUAAACACAAGUAUUUACCCUUUAUAUCCAAAUACUGAUGACUUUACAAUGCCACUGGUGCUAAGGAGACUACACUGGUUCUACGUAGAAAAGGCAGCAUUGAAGUCUUAAGGCACAGAACCAGCGAACAGAUAUCAGAUGUAACAGAUAUCAGAUGUCAAAAUAUAUGUUUGUUUGUUUGUUUGUUUUGUGUACGAUUUUUUUUUUUUGCCUUAUUGUAUCAUGUAUUCUGUUUUAUGGUGCGAUUUUAAAAAAACAAAAAACUCUGUACUGUAUUUGUGGUGGAAAGCAGAGUGCCAGUAGUGACCAUCACCCGGCCUAUCAAAGGCCACUGUGCACAGACCUCAGCCAAUGAGGCACCGGCAAAGCAUUCUGACCAAGCACUAAUCAGCCAUCGAUCAGCAAAACUUCCUCAUAUUCCUGUUUGUCUCCCAUCCCAACCUCCACUACCACUAGCUCACAACAUCAGACUUGAAGAAUGGAGAGAGACUAGAAGUUGUGUAAUACACAGAGAGAAGACUAAGUUGUGCUUGGGGAAUGCAGCGAACAUGCUGUUUCUUGUACUACUGCUUCAUAAAAAUAUAAAUGUUACUUGUUUUUUUCCACAA